AUGGCUCCUCGCAAGGACGCUACCGGCGAUAGCGUUUCCAAGAAGAAUAAGGGCUUGAAGAACCACAAGAAGGCGCAGAAAGAGAAGGCGCUGGCGAAGCGCACCGCCGCCGCCGAGAAGAUUACCGCGAAUAAGGCUUCGUACGCACCGGUCGCUACCAUCGUUAUCAACAAGCCUGCACCUGUAGAAAGGGAGGUUAUUGGAAAUGCAGUACCGGCGCCCAUGGUAAAGGCUUCUGCGCAGGUUGCUGUUGAGUCGUCCGAUCUUCAUCGAGACGAGUCGGCCACUGACGCGACGGUCUUCACCAACAUCGGGGCUCUUACUGGAUCGCACACUACCAGCGGUACCAAGACCGCUCCGCCGCAACCGCACCUCUGCACACAUUUGCCCGUGGUUGUACUCGAAGACGUCCUUACUGGCUCCAAGAACAACGCUCCAACUAAGGUAGCCAGCAACCCUACCAAACUCGAGCAAGAGCUCAAAAGUAUAUCUUAUCCCAAGACCGCUCCCUCUCCUCCAACAUCCAACAUCACACAAACCAAGACUGCCCCUUCUUCUCCAAAACCCAAAACCACACAAACCAGCAUGCUCAACCCCACCGCCCCAGCAUUCCUCUUCGGAAAGAUCGUAGUCGCCCAAACCCCACCCACCGUCCAAAUCACACUCACAAUUACAAAGGAAGACCUCGCCCCAGGACCGCCUACCGAAAACGCAAAAGCGUAUGAAAAGGCGUAUGGCGUUGUCGCCCAGCGCAAGGCUCUUGAAGCCGCGCUGUACGAGAAUAUGGAGACGCCGCGCCAGAGGCUGAUUCGCUGCAAGUACAGGGUUUCUGUUGACGCCGAAUUCCAUCGGGAGGAGCCGGUGUAUGACUUUGAGUGGACGUUGGCCUUAAUCGGCAAGCCAGUUCGCAAGUGUUUCGACGACAAUGGCUUCCACAUCACACCGAUUAAGACUGGGCUGACUGAAGCCGAUUUGACGGGUCCAUCAGCCCUCGACGAGUUGUUCGCCAAAGUCAAGGCUGAAGGCAUCUCCAAGAUCAACGCUGCUAUCUCCACGGGCCACGAAUCCCCCACCCCCGGUGCCGUAUCAACAAAGAAGCCAAUUCCGUCUCGCACCCUGUCGUCCAUCGAGGCUGAAAUGCGUCUCGCCGCCCCAAAACGCCCUCCCCACGCCCCCUCGUUCGCAGACCCCGGUAUCAUCAAAUACACCAUCAACGGCCAGGAUUUCGACAACGUCGGCAACCCUCUCACGGAAACCGUGAGCCAAAAGGUACUCGGUUGGCUUGAAGACCAGCCAACUGAUCCACCGGAACUCUCACCGGGUUCUUCGCGGCAGCAGAGCCGGGAGGCUUCGCCACUUGAGCCGGGGAAGGAGGUCGUGGCUUUGACGUUUUUUUCAAAGUCUGAGUCUUCAGGGGGGCAGGUUUGGCCGGCGCAGGAGAGCUUGCCUUGGGGGGAUGGGCAAGAUGGGUAUACGCAUGGUUCGGGUGUCCCGGUGUACCCGUAUGUUGCUUCUGUUGUUCGGGUUGAGGAUGUGCUUCCUGGUUCGGGUGGAGAACCAGAGUAG